AUGGAGCACAUCACCACCUACUGCGGAAUAUGCACGCUCCCUGUGGAGUUCUGCGAGUUCGGAAAGACGUUGAAGAAGUGUAAGGCGUGGCUCGAGGAGGUCAACCCUGGCAAGUACAACAGCCUGUACGGGUCGGACGCUAACGUGGUGUCGUCUUUGUCGUCCGAAAGAGAGACGCAGAUAACCUCGUCGUUGGCGAAGAUGCAGCUCAAGGAGGAGCGCAAGCAGGAGAGAGAGCUGGAGAACUUGAAAAACUCCAAGAUCAUCAUCAAGAGAAUCCCGAGAACAAAGCACAAGCACGUGGUGGCGAUCGCCAACCUGGAGGUGCUUGGGCCGGACGUCGACCUCAAGAAAACAGCCAAGGUGUUUGCAUCCAAGUUUGCCACGGGCUCGAGCGUGUCGAAGAACGCCGAAAAGAAGGACGAAAUCGUCAUCCAGGGAGACGUCGCCACCGAGGUGGAGGAAUACCUCACGGGGCUGAUGAAGGACAAGGGACUCGACAUCAAGAUCGAACAUGUUACCGAGAGGUUCACCAACAAGAAGAAGUGA